AGUGCUUGGGGUGACCACAACAUCCCAGGAGUCAGCUGCCCUGUCCUGCAGGUGCCCAGCACACAUCCUUCUGCAGUUCAGCCCUCAUACACACCAGAGGAAAACAAGCAGGAACCCAGCAGCCCCCAGCCACGAUGCCACAGAACGUUAUUCUUCCAGGACCGGCACCCUGGGGAUUCAGGCUCUCAGGAGGAAUAGAUUUUAACCAACCUUUGAUCAUAACCAGGAUUACACCUGGAAGCAAGGCUUCUACUGCCAACUUGUGCCCUGGUGAUGUUAUUGUGGCUAUCAAUGGCCUAAGCACAGAGAACAUGACACACAAUGAUGCUCAGGAAAGAAUUAAAGCAGCUACACACCAGCUUUCCUUGAGAAUAGAGAGGGCACAAACUAAAUUAUGGUCGCCACAAGUUUCGGAAGAUGGCAAAGCAAAUCCCUUCAAGAUAAAUUUGGAAGCUGAACCACAGGAUAUGAACUACUUUGAACACAAGCAUAAUAUUCGGCCCAAACCUUUCAUACUCCCAGGCCGAAGCAGUGGAUGCAGCACUCCUUCGGGGAUUGACUGUGGCAGUGGACGUAGUACCCCCUCUUCAAUUAGCACGGUUAGCUCCAUCUGCCCCACCGAGCUGAAAGCAGUGUCUAGGAUGGCCCCUAACGUUCCCCUGGAAAUGGAGCUUCCUGGUGUCAAGAUUGUACAUGCUCAGUUUAACACACCUAUGCAGUUGUACUCAGAUGACAAUAUCAUGGAAACACUGCAAGGCCAAGUUUCUACAGCUCUGGGGGAAACACCCGUGAUGAGUGACCCAGCUCCCAUGGCAGUGCCUCAGUCUGACGUGUACAGGAUGCUGCACUCCAACCAACAGGAGGAGCCCAGCCAACCCCGCCAGUCUGGCUCCUUUAAGGUGCUCCAGAAUUUAGUCUCCGAGGAAGAUGGACGUCCAGUGGGUACAAGAAGUGUGAAAGCACCUGUAACAAAGAUACCUACUGGUCUGCCCGGAGCCCAGAAAGUACCACAGUGUGACAAAUGUGGGAGUGGAAUUCUAGGAACAGUGGUGAAGGCACGUGAUAAAUACCGACACCCAGAAUGUUUUGUGUGCUCUGACUGCAAUCUUAACCUGAAACAAAAAGGCUACUUCUUUGUGGAAGGCCAGCUAUACUGUGAAGCUCAUGCACGAGCUCGCAUGAGGCCACCAGAGGGAUAUGAAGCAGUUACUGUUUACCCAAAAUGCUAGUCUUACAUUAGCACACAAAUAUACGCAUGCACACGAGAAGCCAUUAACAGCUUAGAACUGCAGUACAACUGUCAGGACUUCUGUCUGAAUUCAAAGUAGCAGCUUUUAAACUUUCUCUUGUGAUAUUCUGAGGUGGAAGUCCUUAUUAAUCAGCAGUAACAUACCAUACCAGUAAAAUUCAGCUAAAAUUUUAUCCUUGAAGUUGCCAAUACAGCUCAAUGGAGUAUGAACUGAAACAGCUGUAUAGGAAUAAAAAAAUAAUAAAAAUAAAACAAUUGAAACAUCAGGGGUAUUACACAAUUACUGAGGUAUAUGCACCCAGUUGCUGUAAUUAAGACAUUAUUUUUAACACGUUAAGAAUCUAAUAUCUGUACAAAUAGCAAACCAAUCUAAAGCCUCAUUGCGCUACAGGCUGGGCCCUACCCAAGAAAGAAACACGAUCAAUCAUUAGAAAAGAAGCUAUUUUACAUGGAUACUACAAAACAGUGGGAUAUUCAUGCCCGUUUCAACCAUUCAACUAUCACCAAUGUGUGCCAAAAAUAGAUUCUGCUUACUUUGCUUUCAAUUUGGGGUUAUAUUUUCUUAAUUUUCUGAUGCAGCAAAUGUGUUAAGAAAUGAAUGUCAUUUCAUAUAAUAAAAGGGCUAGUAUCAUAAUGAUCAUUUAGUUAAGAAGCAAAAUAAUUCUACACAGUUUAAUGAUUUGCAAAUGAAAUCACCUUCCAGCUCUCACAUCACUUAGCAGAAAAUUAUUCUGAGGUAGGCACACCAAUACAUUAUUUUUGGGAGGAAAAAAAAAGAAUUUAUUCUAUUAGGAAUUCACUGCAAAUUGAGAAUGAAAGUAAAUUUAAAAGCCUUUCCACAGAAAAUGUUUCUUUCAGGUACUGUUUAUUUUUUUGUUUGCUCUAGAUUAUUCAAUUUCCAUAUAGGAACAAUGGGAAAAUAUCACCAUAGUAUCUUAAUUCCUGAUAAUUAAAACUUGGACAACUUAAAAAAUGACUGAUAAUUAACAUUUAGAAAGGAAAGAUCUUUUAUGAAAAGACUGGUGAACUCACAAGAACACAGUUUUCAAAUGAAUUUCUGAAUUUCUGAAUGUCUUGUAAGGGCUCCAUUGCUUUCAGGUAGGUAUGCCAGCUGCAUACACACACGCACAUGACAAACUUCGCCUUAGCAUCUUCCAGAAAUACUUAACACAAUACUUAAAUUCAUAGCAGAAAUGAACAACUCAGUGACAAAGAAUCUUACUUUUCUCACUCUAAAAAUGAAAAGCUUAGAAUGUAAGAAGAAUCAGGAAUCAAAAUAAGAGGCUGUAUGCAAUUUAGAUUUAUUUUAAAAAAUCAGAUGACUCCCAAAGCCUGAAAUGCAAUGUUUGCAUAUUCAAAGACUUUAAAUCUGUUUUAGUAUUAUUUCAGAAUUAAAAUAUUUUAAAAAUCUAUGUGUCACUGUAUUCAGAAUUUAAAACUGCAUAUCAAAAGCAUAUAGAGGCACAUCCCUUUAAAUAUUAGCUAGCAAAUUAUUUUCUGGCACAAAACAAUUCUGUUCCUUAUGUAUCAUGAAGGCUAUAUGUAGUAUUUAUAUUUUUCCACUGAUAAAGUUCAUAAAGUAAACCUAAAAAUCAUUUUGACAGUGAGAGUGCACGUGUCUAUUUUUACAAACUUGCAAUGUGUCAUUGGUGUUUUUAAAUAAUUGCUUAAUGUUCAUUUCUUUGUGGAGCAACUGAAGGUAAAAAUAAAUGUACUAUAUAUGAUAAGGAUUCCGCAUUUCUUUUCAACUGGUAUGAAAAAUGGGAAUGUAUGAAUGUCAAGUGACUUAACAAUAAUAGAAGUUAGGCAUUUUCAGCCACACAGGAAAGAAUGUUUUGGAUUUUAUCAAACAGCUGGCCAGAAUGAAACAAGUUUUAUAUUAGACAUUUGAGCAUACAACCUAGGCAAAAUCAGCUUUCUGAAAGUGAAUACAAUGAUGUGCUUUCAAAGCUGAAGACUGUCUUUAACAAGCCAAACAUAUCAAUCAAAAACAUGAGGAAAUUCCUGGAAAUGUAGCCAUAAGAAAUAUUAGGUUAAAAGAAAGCCAGAGAACAUGACCUGAUGACAAAUCCGUGAGUAAAGUUCAGUGGCAUUGCAUCAUGACAUGGUGCUAUUUUGAGAGGUUUGAGGUCUGAGAUUAUUUUGAUAGAACUUGAAAUCCUAUCUAAUUGCAAGUACCAACCUACGUGCAAACCUUUACACCACUGUAAGACGAAAGAAACAUCAACAUUCAAUUCAUUCGGAUUCAAAAAUCCUUGAUCCUGAUAGAGGAAUUGGAAAUUGGAAAUCACAUCCUACCUUCUCUCCAGCCUGAAGAUAUUAAAUACAGAGAUUUAAAUGUGAGAGAAAGAUUCAGCAGUUCUCUCUGUAGCACACUCAAGGCCACGUUCUUUACCUCUGGUGGGUGUCAGGGCUUAUUGGCACAAAUCCCAUACAUACAAAGUGUUCAGCUAAAGAACGAUCCACUUUAUCUGCUGGCUUAAGAAUCGCAUACCCACUAAAUCAAGACAGCGUAAUACUACUAUGCUGCUCAGCUGUGUCCAGACUUUAUAUAUAUUGCAAGCUAGAGAGAGCAAUGGCAUUUAUUUUUAGACGGAGAGAAAGACAGUAAGUGUGACUUCACAUGCUUGUUAUCUAGACUCUUCAGAUGUCGAUCAACAGGUGUGAAAAGCUUUCCUCAGCUAUGUUACGACUGCAUAAACAACAGGGCUAUUCUAAGAUGAGCUGGAAACGCAUGAAAUUUUAACUCUUCAAAUGAGCAAGACAAACACUGCAUCUAAACAUAUACCAGAUUGGCUUACAGAGUGCUUCUGUAUCAACUGUUCCAAGACCAAUGCUUUCAUUCUCUUACAUAAUGUCAGAGUGCUACCAACAACCUGAAACUUCAAAACCUUUUUAAAGCAGUUAAAAUAAACUCUGU